UAAUGAACAGGAUAAGGAUCCACGUGUUGCCGUCAAGCUGGGGCCAUUUGUCCCAGACUGCCCGUACCCAAGAGCCCAAGGCCUGUCAAGGCCCUGCUCCCAGCCCCGCCUGGAGGGAGUUCUGCAUCAAACACGUCCUGGAGGACAAGAACACCCCCUACAGACAGUGUAGUUAUGUGUGUAACAAGAAUGGCAAGCGCUUCCCGAAUGCAGCCCCUAAGGUUGAAAAUAAAGAAUGGGUGACCUUCUGCGUGGAGCACUUUAGGUGGAAUGCCAUGGCUCUCCAGGCCCAGUUGAGGAAGGCCUCAUCUGGUCCCUCUCCUGAGGCCUUCCUAUCUCUGCUUAGUGGAUACAACUGCACUGAGACCCAUGAGCAGGACAGUGGCCGCAGUGAAGCCAGCCUCAUCCUAGGUGUGAAAUGCUUCUGCACCAUCUUUUUUCUUUCUACACAUAUGCAUUGGCAACAUAUUUUAACCUCCUAUUUUAUUUAUCAGAGACCAUGCACAACAAAAUGUGUUGCACCAUAUUUAACAGCUCAUUUUUUACUCUCCGGUGUCCUGAUAGCUGUUCUUUUUUAUAAUAGUUGCUAUUCCAGGUAAAGGGAGCAUUUACUAUUAAGUGCAUGGUCCCAUUCCUGUACAUUCCUCCACUGCAUUGAGCCAAGUCACAGUCCAGGGGAGCUGAUGAGGAUUGUCUGUCCAGCUGUCCUCAUCUACAGAGUGAGGGUGAGCAGGGACCACUCGUUCCUGACCAGACCUGUAGUGGAGACCCAGACAGUGAAGCUGACAGCAUUGACAAUAACCACAAGGACCCACUUAAGAACAAAUUACCAUCAGUCUGAGCCAGUGUAUCCUGCACAAAACAUGGACUGGAAUGGUAUCUUUCCUGACGGAACACCUUCCAAGAAAGGCGGUGUCAAGCCCCCUGCAUAUGUGUUUGUAUGGAAGACAUGGGGUCAGUACUGGCAAGUGUCUGAUGGCACAUCCUCCUCCCUCACCAUUGGGACAGACGAUGUCCCUCUGGGUUCCUACAUCGUGGACAUUGUAAUCUACCACUACCGCAGCCAUGAGAAGUUCAUCCCUCUGGGAUACGCUUUAACACAGUUCUCCAUCACUGAUCAAAUCCCCUUCGCAGUCUCGAUGACCCAAGUGAACGACGUCAACGAGGCAGACCUGAGCUUCGUCCAGAACAGAGCCAUAGCCUUCACCAUCAGCCUCCACGACCCCAGCGAGUACCUGAGUGACGCCGACAUCACCUACAACUGGGGCUUUGGUGACAGCAGCGGGGCGCUCAUCUCCAGAGAGCUGACUGUCACCCACACCUAUAUAGUGGCUGGUGGCUUCAAGCCCCAGGUGGUUGUACAGGCCGUUAUCCCUGAUAAAGCAUGUGCCACACCAGCUGGUGUCAAACCCACUGGUAAUGCUGUCACCAUCGGGCCUGCAAACCCGGGCCGGCACAACAGUGAGAGCUCCUGCUGCUGAUGCGUCAGCUGCUCCAGUGAUGGUGGCCACACAGGAAGCUACAAUAAAUGUAGGCCCAUCAGCUCCCGCUGAGACUGACACAGAGG